GCCAACUGGGGUGGCAGCAGGGGUGGCAAGGCUUUCUUUUAGGGUGGCAUGUGCCACCCUAUGCCACCCCGGUAGAUCCGCCCAUGAUAUCUGAGGAUCUUCCUAAAUGAAGCUCCACGUCUUGUUCGCGUUGGUAACCCUGCAUGGCGCGUUUACUCCUCGCUUUGAAGGCAAAGCAAUAAACGGUGCGGGAUUUGUCCCCUCCAGUCCUAUAUGGUCUGAACUGAAGCAGUCAGUUUUACCAGUACUGGAGCGACUGGGAGAGGAGUACUUCAUCAGGCUGAAUAACCCAAACCAGUAUCUAAACGGUCCUGAAAAAACCCACCCACCACGUGCUAACACUAGUAACCGCGCGCUCCAGCUGAUGCUCACACAGCAGAGUCUGCUGAGAGGUCAGAUCGACGAUACCGGUGUCGGUACCGGCUUAACGAACAGCUUCAAGCCACAUACAGACUCUGCAGAACGGAAGCGCCGGGCCGAAGAUCCGCCGAUAUCACUGGAUCUGACGUUUCAUCUGCUGCGCGAGGUGCUUCAGAUGGCUCGAGCAGAACAGUUAGCUCAGCAGGCUAGCAGCAACCGAAGAAUUAUGGACUUUUUUGGGAAAUAAAAACAAGUUAUUUAAAAAUAUAUAUAUAACGUCUGUACAAAUGAUUUUGUCAACCCAAUAUCUUUUCAUAAACUUUAUUAA